CAUGAACCAUCAUGUGGUUUCGACAACACCGGCCGCCCAUGUCUAACCUGUCCCCUGCCUUUGCCUUCCUAAGAAGAGCAAAGGUUGUGAGCCGUCCAUCCUGAUGGAGGCCGACGCCGACGAGGCCGACGCCGACGUGGUGUCUCCGGCUUCUCCGCCGAAGCGGCGGAUGUGCCAGACCUGCACUCGGCCAGAAAGCGCCUGCAUCUGCGCCAGUUUGCCCUCGACACCUUUGCGACUACCAAGUGGUCUCGAAAGCAUCCUUUUGCUUCGUCAUCCAAAGGAGCGGCGACAGAAGCACCAGAGCGCUUGGAUUCUGGAGCGGUGUCUCUCUUCCGUGCGGCAGCACGUCUGCAGGAAGCUGCCCACGGCGCCGAGCGGUCCAGACGCCGAGAGCGCCCCAGGCAUUCCAAGUGGUUUGGAGUAUCUCUACGAGCAGCCCGACACUUGCCUCCUGGUCUUCCCCGGCACCGGCGCCAAGCCGCUGCGAGAUGUUCUAGAUCCCGGGGUGAAGCAUUUAAUUUUGGUGGAUGCUACUUGGCGCUUUGCACGCGAGAUGGCCGCGGUGGAGGAGGCAGGUCCCUUGUCCCAGAUCCGCCGGGUGGAGCUCACCCCUCCUCACCAGCUCCGCCCCGUCUUCGUGGUGCGGAAGCCCAUGGUCUUGACCAAGGAAGAGGCGGAGCCAGCACAGUGGGGCUUCAGUACCGCUGAAGCAGCAGCCCUGGCGGUGGACGAGAUCGCUCAUCUCCGAGGACGCCCGGACGCCGCGGAUCCCGCGGACGCGGACGUCCCGGGCGAAGCUUGGGAGCUGGUGACUCGUGCCUUGCGGGCGUACGCUCAGAUUCAGCUGGAGCAUACCGAGGCGC